AUGUCAGUGAAGAGUGGAAAUGCGUCGAUUAGGGAUCGGACGCAGGAGUUUUUGGCGGUAGUGGAUAGGGUAAGGAAACCAUUUUCCUCGCAAAAUGGGGCAACCAAUAAUCCAACGAUUGUGGAUGAGCCGCGGCCAGAUAUGGCGAUGCAAUCGGAAUUCAAUCGUCGGGCGUCGAAAAUUGGAUUCGGGAUUCACCAGACUUCGCAGAAGCUAUCUAAGCUCACGAAAUUGGCAAAGAGGACAUCAGUCUUUGAUGACCCUACCAUGGAAAUCCAGGAGCUGACCUCAGUUAUCAAGCAAGAUAUUACCGCACUUAACUCUGCUGUAGUUGACCUCCAGCUUCUUUGCAAUUCACGAAAUGGAAGUGGAAAUAUUUCGAGCGACACCACCACUCAUUCUACUACAGUUGUUGAUGAUUUGAAGAAUCGGCUGAUGAACACCACUAAGGAGUUUAAGGAAGUCUUGACCAUGCGGACUGAGAACAUGAAGGUUCACGAAAACAGAAGACAGUUAUUUUCUUCUACCGCUUCCCAGAAUCCGUCAAAUUCAUACAUUCGCCAGCGUCCUUCAGCUGCAAAAUCUGCUGCAAGUACCUCAGCUGCCCCACCUCUUCCAUGGGCUAUAGGAGCUCAAUCUUCUUCCCAAUUGUUAUCCAAGAAUCAGGUGGAUGGGGAGAGUCAGCCAUUACUGCAUCAGCAGCAGCAGGUGGUUCCAUUUCAAGAUGGCUACAUGCAGAGUAGAUCUGACGCUCUUCAGAAUGUGGAAUCAACCAUUCAGGAGCUGGGAAAUAUCUUUAAUCAGCUGGCUACUUUGGUUUCUCAGCAAGGAGAGAUUGCCAUCAGGAUCGAUGAGAACAUGGACGAUACAGUAUCAAAUGUAGAGGGGGCUCAAGGGGCUCUUCUCAAGUAUCUCAAAAGCGUCUCAUCAAAUAGGUGGCUGAUGAUCAAGAUAUUUUUUGUGGUGAUUUUAUUUCUCAUGUUUUUCAUGUUCUUCGUGGCAUAG